AUUAUUAUUAUUAUUAUUAUUAUGAUAGGUGGAUGGGAUAACAUUAUUCUCUAAUAAUAAACCUUCUUUAUCCAUCCAUUGAAAUUAAUGGAAAUAACAAAAAAAAAACAAAAGAAAACUAAUCAGACAAUAUGGAUUUAUAUAUUAAUUCCUUUUGUUGCUAAGAUUUAAUAUUCAAAGAAAAAUUUCAACAUUGUUUCAUUGGAGAAGACUUAUAUAUGUAUAUGUAUAUGUAUAUAUAUAUAAUCAAUUUAUUUAACCGAAGAUGAAAUUACAUAAUAUUGUAUAAUCCAGUAAUCAUUGACAACCUGAAACUCUACAUCAAAUGUAUCAUAAUCUUAUUCAAUCUAAUAUUGUAAUUAACAAAUUUAUUACUAUUACUACUACUACUACUACUAUCAGUAUUAUUACUUUCUAUUUAUUAUUAACAAGUUCAACAAUAUUGAAUCCAUUACAUUUAAAUAAUAAUCAAUUUAAAACAAAACAAUUUAAUAUUGAAUUAUGUAAUAAUUUAACAUUGAAUACAUUAUCACAACAUUUAAAUAUUAAAUUAUUAUAUAUAUCAGAUAUAUAUAAAUAUAUACCAAAAAUAAGUAUUAUUAUUAUUGCAUAUAAUGAAAAUCCAAUUAUUUUAAUAAAUACAAUAAAUAGUAUAUUAAUAAAUACAUCAUUAUUAUUAUUGAAUAAUAAUAUAAAAGAAAUUAUAUUAGUUGAUGAUUAUAGUAAUCCACCUAUAGAUGAUCAAAUUAAAACAUUCAAUAAAAUUAUACGUGUAAUACGAAAUGAAAAUCGAGUGGGUUUAAUUAAAUCACGUAUGAAUGGUGCACGGAAUGCUACUGGUGAGAUACUAGUAUUUCUUGAUGCUCAUGUUGAAACAUUGAACUAUUGGUUAGAACCAUUAGUUGUUCAAUUGAUAAGCUUAAGAAAACAACACCAACAAGAAAAACAUGAACAACUAAAUCUAUCGAGUCAACAGGAUGAGAAAAGAACUUCAACAUUACCAUAUAAUGUAAAACAUUUUAUUGUCAGUCCACUUAUCCUGUCAACAUUAGACAAAUCAGAUUAUGAUAAUAUUGAAGAUAAUUUAUAUUUAGGAGGUUUUACAUGGGAUUUAAUAUUUCGUUGGCAUCAUAUUAAUGAAAAUGUAACACCAUUAUCAAUAAAAUUUAAUAAAACUGAUAUAUAUCAUUUCAUUUAUCCACGUAAAACACCAGCAUUAGCUGGUGGUUUAUUUGCUAUAUGGAAAGAUGAUUUUUUUAAUUAUGGUGGAUAUGAUGAAGAAAUGAAUAUAUGGGGUGGAGAGAAUAUUGAAUUAUCACUUAGAACAUGGAUGUGUCAUGGACAAAUUGAAAUUAUUCCAUGUAGUCGUGUUGGUCAUAUAUUUCAUAAUGAACAUCCAUAUACAUUUCCUAUGGGUAAAGAAUUUACCAUAUUACGUAAUCAUAAACGUACUGUUUUAGUUUGGUUUCAACAUGAUACUAAUUUAACAUUAGCUAGAGAAUAUCUUUCAUAUUAUUAUACAUUAUCACCAAUGUCUAAAAUAAUACCAGCUGGGGAUUUAACAUCACGUAAAACUAUUACUAAUUCAUUAAAUUGUCAUACAUUCACUUGGUAUUUAGAGAAUAUUUAUCCUUUACUUAAACAAGAAGCUAAAAAUAUUAAAAUCAAUGAAGAUACUUAUGAUUUAACUGCUUUUGAUAGUUUAUAACUAAUAGUCUUAUAUGGGAAUUGAAUUGUAGAGGUUUCCUUUUAAAAGACAAUACAAUGAAUACAUCUUCUCAAUAGAGAUACAUUUCAAAGUGAAGAAUUUAGUUAUGAAUAGAUGUUUUUGUUUUUAGCGCAAAAUUUGUUUAUCUAUUCUUUUAUUAUAACUGUAUAGAUAGAUAUUCAAUAUAAAGUGUAUAUUUUGUAUG